AUGGAUCCGCCACACAUCACCGAGUUCGCUUCCGAGCGCUACUUCAGCAAACUCAACCAGCUCAAUGAGACGCCUGCUACCCGCGAAGCCCAGUACCUUCACCAAUUUCGCAAUCCUCAGACGCCUUCCUCUCAACCACAUCCCUCCCCGCCGAUAUCGUCCCAGUCAACCUCUACCUUUAUUCUGCCGUUACGGACGUCCAAGUCAAAUGAAGGCAAUGUUGAGACCCCCCGGUCAUCAGACCAGAAGCGUCCCGAGAAGAGCCGGCUGUUCAGUCUGAGAUCCAAGGUCUCGAUCCUCCAAAACAAGGCAUUAGCACCUCAACCAGACUACCGUGAACAGAAUACGGCGUUUGUGAAGUCAAAGACGCAAUCCCUUGGCCAGUUGUUCCUCGCCCUACCUACUGAGCUUCAGAUUCAAGUCAUUUCUUCGCUGCCACUGACAGACGUCUUGAAUCUUCGCAGGGUCUCGAAAUCGUGGCACGCUAUUGUGACAUUGAACGAGGCGCCCAUCGUUCGACAUCAUCUGGAACGUCACAUCCCGGCAUACGCCUUGCGUUUAUACCCAUCUAGCGACCCGACUGCCGCUAGUUUUCAUCAUUUGUGUGGCUUGUGGCAUCGGUUACAUGUCGCCGCGAAAUUGUCAUACCUGAUGUGCGAGUGGAUCACUAAGGAGAUCUUCCUCCGAACAACAGAAUCACAACGUCUAGAGUUCGCUCCUCAACAUGAACGUAUGCGCCGACGCCUGAUCCCGCUACUUUUCACCUUGUUUCAUUUCUUCGAAACGUACCGAAAGCUGCAUUUACAACACAUUCUCGACCACAAUGGUCAUGGCUUGCUGCACGAGCCAUUCACACUGAACCCAAUCGAAGCUCGGAUCAUGAACAUGUACGACGAUCAGACGCUUUUGCGGGUUCAUCAAGUCUUCCCUCUGGUCAUUUCAUCAUUUUGCCGACGGUUACGCCCACCAUCUUAUGCCGGUCGCGUUGAACGAUCAUUGCGAGGCUACUUGAAGGAAAGGCCUCCAGAUGAGGUUCACGUUGCCAUUCUCUGCGUUGGAGGCUUGCGGCAAGUGGAGAGACUUUGGGAGAUCAAGGGAUACAACAGUAGAAGGGGAGCUGUUGAUGUUUGGUACAACUGUGUCGCAAAAGACCCGAUCGACCCGACCCCAAAACAGCGACGAGGCAUCAUGGGCAUGGGCCGAAAAAAGUCAUCGAUUUCAGUCAAAGAUUACGCCAAAUCGACGCACCAGGACGGAAUUUCAACGCGACGCACUUCUCGGGGAUCUUUAGAAGACCCAGUUGAUUCCGACACGAAUUUAGUAUUCAACACAAGCCUAGCGGCUGGCAUGCCCAUGGGGCCGCUGGAGCGUGAGCACGUCCGACACGUACUAGCUGACCUCCCUAACUUACAAGAAAUCUGGCUCAAAACUGCGGAAGCUGUGAUACUGGAACGGGGUAUUGUUGGGCGUACCCAGGACAUCAAACGCAACGCACAAGUAAUGUUGGAAUUAAUUCGCGAUGAUGGCAUGGAUGAGGAGGACGAGUGGUGUUACGGACGAAGUACACCAGAAUCAAUUCGUCCUCCGCUCGAAGCGAUAGACGAAGAUGCUAUGGACGGCGCAUGA